GAGGAGCUACAAAGAGAGCCGCCCAUCAAGAAGAAGAGGAGGAAGAGGGUCUACCUUCGGGAGGAUGGAGAGUGGAAGCUGAUCAGCAAAGAGCUGCCUCUGCCGACGCCAUCCGAGGACCCCUCCAAGCUGCUGCUACAAAUCGAUGAGUCCGGGAAGGCGCUGAGGCUGCUCGAGUUCCUGGAGAACGCGGUGCAUUCGCCUGCGUUUGAGAUGAAGCAUGCCGUGCGGGCACUGGACACCUUGGUGGUUCAGAGGCCGAGCUUGAAUGAGGAGGAUCUGGCCCGGCUCGGCGACCAGCCCGGGCUGGGAGCGCUGGUCGAGCGGACCAAAGCAUUUUUGCAGCAGAUAGAAGACGAGGAUGGAGGAUUGGGUCCGCGCUGGAGCACUCUGCUCCUGCACGCUCUGGCCGUGUACCAGGAUGUUCCAGUCCUCCAUCGCCUCGUGGUUCCAGUGGCUGAGGAGGCGGCCCAGGCGGUCCCAGACAUGAACAACAAGCAGCUCGCCCGGUGCGUUUGGGCCAUCGGUGAAUUGAGGCACGUGUCGCGCUUGCUGCAGGACAACCUACUGCCUCUGAUGGUGCAGAACAGCCGCAUCCUGGGA